GUGUGUGUGCAUGUGUGUGUUCUGGAUUCCCCAGCAGUCAGCUUGUCUCUACUGUUUUCCAUUGUCUGUGGCCAGAGGUGGAGAGAGGCACAGCAUCUGAAAUAUGAACCUAUUCUGCUUCUCUCUGGAGGGCUCGACGGACAGCCUGUAUGAGCCUGCUCUCAACAAACACCCAGUCAUCCAAGAACACAGUUGUAGAGUUCCCAGUCGACACAACAGCCGACAUAGCAGCCCUGCUCUGAGGGACAGGGCUAAGUGGAGAGGCUCAGAUCCAUGUAUACCCACAGAGCUGUCCGAGGCUCACAAAUCCCAUUUGAAAAAGAAGAAGAGAAGAUCACAUGUACCAACAACGUCAACAUCGGACAAUGAAGCCAUAGAUAAGACAGACACUAAUGUCUACUGGCAGUCACUCAGAGAGAAGCAAGAUUUUGUUCACAUCAAGAAUAAUCACAAAGAAGAGAUGGGUCAAGGUCCUUGUCAGAGAAGCGUGCUGGCGGUAGAGGACAGAGUGGAACAGCUGAACUCUGAAAGAAGAGAAAAAGAGCCCACAACUCAGGGGGUGAACUUCGAGGCCUGGAACCCAAACUAUGAGCCCCCUGACAGCCAUCAGCAGAACAUGACUGGGGAUGCUGAGGCUGACAUGGCUGAAUCUAAGGGAAAGCUGAAGAGGUUCCAGAGGCUAGUGAAAGUGAAGAAGGGAAGCCAGAUGGGACUAGAUGAUGGAAAGACUGACAGCAAUUGUCACUUGGCAGACUCUGUGUUCAGUAACGACAGUCCCGUCAUCACCUGCAUCGGGCUGGGGAAGAAGACAGAGAAGAAGUCCUCGAAGGCUGACCCACCAUCGCCACAGAAGCAGCAGACUAAGGAGGCCAAUGGGAAAGCUGUGGAAGGACCUUGGAGCACUGGGGUUCACGACCACCACUGGGGCCUCACAGAAUUCCCUCCACCCUGGGAUGUCCCCUACCACACCUGUCACCGGCCCCCAGGCGAGCCCCGGAACUAUGGCUUUGACUUCACCCUGCCCCGAGCAACAGCUUGGGACCACUUUGAGAGUCUGGUCCAGGAACUGGACAGCAAACAGGCGCCGCCAGUGUUCUCACACCAACGGGUCAUCCGCUCGAUCACAGAUCUGGACAUCUCAGAAUCCACGCGCUCCACCAGCUUUGGCCGAUUUGACUCACUCAGACACCAACCAGCCCCAGUGAAGCCAGAGGAAAAUGGAGGUGCUUUGUCUGCAGAGGGGGAGCAGGUUAAUAGUGACCAGACCAGAUCAGGAGGUAUAGGCAAGAAGAUGAAGGCCAUCUCACUGACGAUGAGGAAGAGGAUGGGCAGGCAGUACGCUAAAGCCCUGUCAGAGGAAAUGUGCGACGAGACGGAGAGAGAUGAAGAAGGAGAAGGGGAUGUUGUUUACGGCGUCCAUUCAUUUCCAAAAGGACACAGAAAGUCCAGUCACUCUCUGGAAAGCCUCUACAGUCUCAAUAGUGGACAAAGCUCCUCCAGUGGGGUUACCAGUGGAUCAGACGGCUCCAGUAACAGAGACAGUCUGAGGCUGGAUGAGGAGCUGCCCCUUUCCUACACAGGCCAGUUCUGUGGCAGAGCCCGGGUCCACACUGACUUUGUCCCCAGUCCCUACGAUACUGAAUCACUCAAACUUAAGGUAGGGGAUGUGAUUGAGAUCAUCAGCAAGCCUCCUAUGGGGAUAUGGACAGGCAUGCUGAACAACAAGGUGGGAAACUUUAAGUUCAUCUACGUAGACCUCAUAGUAGAGAAGGUUCCUGAACCGCCUCAGAAGAUGACACACAGGAGGAGCAGGAGACCCCGCCCCAAAACGCUACAGGAACUCCUAGAGCGCCUCAAUUUGGAGGAGUAUGCCUCCUCCCUGCUCCUUAAUGGGUACCAGACAGUAGAUGACCUGAGAGAGCUGAAGGAGCAGCAUCUGGUGGAACUCAAUGUGACUGAUUCUGAACACAGACAUCGUCUGAUGGCUGCCGUCGAGUGCCUCCAAGAACCCCAAAGUGAUGGUCAGAAGGAGGGAGAGUCAAACAAGGAAGCCAAGUCCCCAACUGAGAGUAUUAAAGCUGACCUGAACUGCCCCAGAGACUCUGGCUGCUACAUGCCUUCUGACUGCUCAGACAACAGCAAGGAGGAGACAGACAUCCACGUGCCAGCAGCACUGAACCAUCAUCCUCCCAUGGCUCAGACCUAACCGCCACCAGCAGAUACACACUCCUCAGGGCCUUUCAGAAAAAUGAUCGAUGUGGAUCCAUGCAACAAUUGUCUCAUGCGAAAUGCCCUUUACGUAGGACAAGAGCACUCCUCUUUGCUUUCACACUGCAUUCAAUAUCAGUAGCCUAUGUGGCUGGCAUUGCAGUUAUGCAUUAACCCACUAUUUGCACAUAAUUUCAACCCC